AUGAAUUACGCAACCAAGCUCAGAACCAUCCCCAAGUUGUCCCAAGUUGCUAAACGUCUCCCUGAAUCAUGGGACACGCAUACACCCACUCUCAACAGCAACAGGAACAACAAGACCAAGAACUUGGAAUCCCCCAUCCAUUUCAUUGCAUCACAUAGCCACCCACACAUCGAGUUUGUCACGCCGCACAUCAACCACCCAUCCAAUCCGUCCAUUCCAUUCCCUGAUCAAAUCAAAAUCAAGGACACCACCGACGGCCUUAAACGUGACGAAUACCGCAACAAAAUCCUAUCCGAAAUCAGCGUGCUGGAAGAAUGUCAUGCCAGCGUUCUUGGCUACUCAGAUGGGCACGCGGCGGUGUCCAAUGGCAUUCGGAAAGUCGGCGUCGGCUACGUGAUACGUGCCGGAAAAAGGACUUUGUCUUCGUCGUCAAUCGGAAUUGGACCGCGAGCCAACAUAUACGAUGCAGAAAUGCUGGGAAUUCUAUUAGCGUUCAUGAAAGCUAAACAAAUAGCCGAAAACCAAGGUUACCGCAAAAUACGCAUCUAUUGCGACAACCAGUCCGCUGUUAAAUCAAUCGCCGACCUCUCGCGACAUCCGUGCCAAUACGCGUCCAGAAUAUUCGUCCCCGCCGCCAAGGCAUUUGUGGAGGGACACCCAGAACGAUCCAUACACAUCACAUGGACGCCCGGACACAACGGAGUCGAAGGCAACGAAAGAGCGGAUCGUUUGGCUAACGAAGGAGCUAGAGUGGCCCCGACCCCCUUAUUCAAUCGCACCAUCACAUGGGCGAAAGAACAGGCAACACGCAAAACCGUACGUUCAUGGAAGAAAGCAUGGUACGAGCAUUCAGAAACAAGAAUAAACUCGAAAUACUACAUCCCCCGCCCACCCGCGCUCAAAUUACAUCCCAUAUUUAACUCAAGCAAAUUGGGCAGGGACAUCGAGUGCCGCCUCGUACAAUACCUCACCGGGCACGGCCAUUAUGGCGAGUACCACGCACAAUUCCAUCACGACGUAGAUCCCAGGUGUGCCUGCGGGGAGUCGGUAGAGACUAUCUUUCAUUUAACCACCUCCUGUCCCGCUACGGCGGGACACAGGGGGAUACUUAGUGAGUUUUCCACCAACAUUAACGAUCCCACACUGUUUGGCUCCCUCGCAGGUCUCGAAGCAGUCGCAAAGUUCAUUGCCAAGACGGGCAUAGGCCGAAGACGAGGAGGCCCGCAGGCAGCCGCUCAAACCAUGUAG